AUGAGCGAUAAUUUCGAACAUGUUAGUUACAUUUCCACAUUUUUAAAACACCUGUCUACACCAAUUCCACCGUACGUACUUGGAUGUUUACCAGCUAUCGCUACUAUUGGUGCAUCCCCUAUAAGAGGAUUCAGGGGAAAGCUCAUGUGGGUAUUCAGGUGCCUUGGUUGUCCCUUUACUGGCUUGCAUUAUACAUGCAACGUCAGUAAUGACGAGAUGGCGUUAUGUAUCUACUGGAUCGAGGCUAAAUAUUUUAGCUUCAUCGGAAACCAUGACGAAGAGAAAUUCGUCGAUGGCAAGAAAAUUUCCUACAGGCCGGUUGGAAUGUAUUUUAGAAAACCAACCAUUACGAGAGAAAUGGAAGCUAUUACAGAAGAAUGCACAGCACAGGCAUCUGUAUUAGAAAGGCUGUCGUCAUUGGCCCCAGCAUAUUACAUGGGAAUUGGUAUCUUUGCAGGUAUCAGUCGGUUGUUUGACCGACGCGACUGUGAAUUUUGGCCACAUGUGCCAUUGGCACUAUCCUGGACAAUUCCAGCAAUUUUCAGGAGAAUAAUUGGAGGAAUCCUAGUUGUUAAAGAUCCGAAUGAAAGUAUUCGGAAGUUUGUUGAAGAACAUGAAAAAUACGAAAUUUAUAAAGUUUAUGAAGAACUCAAGAAACAUAAGAGGUGCAAAAGAAGGUGUAAAAAAUUUAAAAAGAAUAAAAGGAAACGGCAUCAAAAGUUAGCUAACAGAACAUCAAUAAUCCCUGUUAAAUACGCUGAUGAUCUUGAAUUUUGCUACGUCAUUUUGACUGGCAUAAUGUCGAUAGGAAUCCCUUGGGCUGUUGUGAUCCUUGCUCGUUUCACGCCUCCAAUCGGCUGCCUCUGCCGUUGUAAAUAUUUAAGUGUGCUGGCCUCUAUAUGGUCAACCAACAGUUUUUUGGCAUUCGUCCACCACUGCAAGGGAGAAAAAAGUGUGAUAG